UUAUAAUGUUGAUUGUCGAUAAAUGCGUAAUCUAGUUUUCAGAUUAAAUGAUAUAGAUUUACAGUAAAAUAAAGUAUUAUCAACAGAGUUAAUUAAAAAUAUAAAUUUUUAUUCAUAUAUUUUUUUAUUUUAUUCUUCAUAUAUUUACAUGGAAUAUAAUAAUAAUAUUAUUAAUAACAUAAUUGUCAAAUAUUAAUAAUAUUAAUAAUAGUAAAUAUAUUAGAAAAAUUUGUAAAUUACAAUAAAUUAUUAAAUAUUAAUUUUCUUAUUUAAUAUAAUUAUUUAUAUUUAUUUUUAUUAUAUAAUUUAGUAUUAAAUAGUAUAUUAUUUUUUAGGAUAAUAAAUAAUAUUAAAUAAUGCAAAUUACAUAAAUUAAAACUACUUUGACAUCAGUGAUGGCGUCAUAAUAUUUUGGCGCAAAGUUAAUACUUGCUUUGAAUUCUUAUUUUUGCAUUAAUAAUUUUUAUCAUUUAAAGUGUAUAUUAUAUCAUAAAAUGUCAGCUAUGGCAUCUACAGCUAGUCUUCAAGGAGAUGAAGAAUUUGAAGAAUAUAAUCCACAAGCAAAAUUAAUAAAAACUUUAGAAGGAAAUGGCAUAACAGCAGGAGAUGUAAAAAAAUUAGAAGAAGCUGGUUAUUAUACUGUGGAAGCUGUAGCAUACGCUCCCAAAAAAUGUUUAAUUGCUAUCAAAGGAAUUAGUGAAGCUAAAGCAGAUAAAAUUUUACAAGAAGCAUCAAAAUUAGUUGUGAUGGGAUUUAAAAGUGCGACUGAAAUUCAUCAAACUCGAUCAAAUAUAGUUUUUGUAACUACUGGUUCCAGCGAAUUAGAUAGAUUAUUAGGAGGUGGUAUAGAAACAGGUUCUAUUACAGAAAUAUUUGGAGAAUUUAGAUCAGGAAAGACUCAGUUAUGUCAUACACUUGCAGUCAAUUGUCAAUUACCUAUAGAUAUGGGAGGUGCAGAAGGAAAAUGUCUUUAUAUAGAUACAGAAGGAACUUUUAGACCUGAAAGAUUAAUUGCUGUUGCUGAAAGAUAUAAAAUUGCAGGAGAUUCUGUAUUAGAUAAUGUAGCAUGUGCUAGAGCUUAUAAUACAGAUCAUCAAACUCAACUAUUAAUUCAAGCUAGCGCUAUGAUGACAGAAUCUAGAUAUGCAUUAUUGAUAGUAGAUAGUGCAACUGGUUUAUAUAGAACUGAAUACUCUGGAAGAGGAGAAUUAGCUGCUAGACAAAUGCAUUUAGGCAGAUUUCUUAGAAUGUUACUUAGAUUAGCUGAUGAACAUGGUGUUGCUGUUGUUAUAACCAAUCAAGUUGUGGCACAAGUUGAUGGUGCAGCUAGUAUGUUUGGAGGAGAUCAAAAAAAACCAAUUGGAGGUCACAUCAUAGCUCAUGCAAGUACUACAAGAUUAUAUCUACGUAAAGGUAGAGGUGAAACUAGAAUAUGUAAAAUUUAUGAUUCACCUUGUUUGCCUGAAAGCGAAGCAAUGUUUGCAAUAAAUACAGAUGGUAUUGGAGAUGUUAAAGAAUAAAAGAUUUAUUAUUUUUCUAUGAAAA